CACAAAAGGAUGGAUGAGUCACAAUCACAUUAUUUGCUUGUCCGGCUGAAAACCAACUGGAAAAAUACUUUUUACCAUUCCAACAAUGCAGGCCCUGAAGUUCCUCCACGUGCUGCUGUCAGUAGCAGUUCACUCUAAGGUACUGAUGUUCCAGCCUCUGGACUGCGCUGACGUCUACAACAACGGUUCUAAGACCAGUGGUGUCUACAGGAUCUACCCUGCUGGACCCAACUCUCCUCGAUACGUCUACUGUGAUAUGGACACUGACGGAGGGAAAUGGACUGUGUUCCAGAGGAGGAUGGAUGGAACAGUGAACUUCUACAGAGGAUGGGACCAGUACAAGAACGGCUUUGGACAUGCAGCGGGAGAGUACUGGCUGGGUAAGGACUUAUUUAAAAAGCCUUUUCAAGGACAGAUCACCAAUGGAAAACCUGGAUAAUAUAAUGAAUAAUUGGUAAUUAACUGACUUCUCUAU